UCUGAUUGCAAUGUCAAUUCAAAAACGCUAUUACAUGGAUAGUGAAAUAAUAAAUUAAUUAUUUUAUGGAGAGCUUAUUUCUUAUCAGAUAGAUAACAGUGAUUAGCGACAAAAAAUCGUAGGUAUCGUCAUCGGAGCGUUGUUUCCAGAUUUUAUCUCAUUUAACCAGCUUUAACGAGUGUCAGAUACCAUAAAUUUUCAUAUUUGUUGAAUUAAAGAGAUAAUUACAGUACAAACUCUAAUCGUAGUCCAAAUGUUGCUAUCUGAAAGCUCGAGAGAUUGUCUGCGCCAACGAUGUAAUAAACCAUGGUUCAAAAUUAUAUUUUGUGAAACUUGGAUACGAGUAAAUCAAUAGAUCAAGUCAUCCUUGAAUCAUUUGUACGUUUUCUCAAGACGAAUAAAAAGUACGCGGUACUGUUGCAUCAGACGCAGUUUCCAUUGAUGCGUUUUGGUGACUAGGGCCGUGUUCACCGUUCACCAGCAAGUUCAAAAAGAUGGCACGUUCUAUGGAGGAUGUAUACUAUGAGUUCGUCAUCAAGCUAGUUCACGAUGCCGCUCAAAUACUCAAGACAGCAAUCAACACUACAAAGACAAUCGAUGAAAAACUAGGUAAUUGGGAUUUAGUAACAGAAUAUGAUCGAAAAAUAGAGGCUGUUCUUAUUGAUCAACUAAGAACGAAAUUUCCAGAUCAUAGAUUUAUAGGCGAGGAAUCGACCGGAAAAGAACUCCCGGAAUUGACAGAUGAUCCUACGUGGAUCAUAGAUCCCAUCGAUGGUACCACUAACUUUAUUCAUGCUUUUCCUCACACUUGUAUCGUAGUUGGAUUAGCAAUAAAAAAAGAGAUGGCGAUUGGUAUUGUUUACAAUCCUAUUCUCGAGCAGUUAUUCACAGCAAGAAAAGGUCGCGGUGCAUUUUUGAAUAAUAAACCCAUAAGAGUUUCCAAAAUUCAAGAUUUGUCAAAAAGUUUAGUGUGUCUGGAGAGCGGUUUUAUAAAAAUAGAUUAUUUACGAGAGAAAACUAUUGAAAGAUUACGUACAAUUGUUCAAGAAGCUCAAGGGUAAGACUCUUACUGUCUU